AUGAACGGCAGCCAGAAUGGAACUCAGCAGAAUGGUUCUGUUCAAGCACCCUCGUUUGCUGCAAACUUGCAAGGCAAAACAGCCAUCGUCACUGGUUCUUCGCGGGGAAUAGGGGCUGGCAUUGCAGCAGAGCUAGGCCGCCGAGGUGCCAAUGUAGUUUUGAACUAUGUGACAGACAGAGGAGCGCAAGCUGUCGAUGAGUUGAUUGCCGCCAUCAAAUCCGCGGGAGGGAACGCAGUCGCCGUCAAGGGAAGCGUAUCGGAGAAGCACGUCCGCAACAACCUCAUCAAAGCAGCGGUCGAGUUGAGUCCAAGCAGUCAUAUCGACAUUCUGGUGCACAAUGCCGGCAAUGGAGACGACAGAUAUCUGGUCGACCUUGAUGAGGAAUUUUUCGAUAUGCAAGUUGGCAUUAAUCUCAAAGCGCCGGUGUUCUUGACCCAGGCAGCAUUGGAUCAUAUGCCCUGCGGCUCUCGAAUCGUGAUCAUCUCGUCUUGUUCGGCGCGAAUGGGAGUGCCACAGCAGACGGUCUACGCAGCAAGUAAAGUCGGAACAGAAGCGCUGGCCAGAGUCUGGGCGACAGAGCUCGGCCAGAGCAGAGGCAUUACAGUCAACUGCGUGAAUCCCGGCCCCGUUGCAACGGACAUGUAUUACGAAUCAACGCAAGAGUUCAUUGAUUCCAUGAAGCCUCUGGUAGAAAGCACACCGGCCGAGGCACGAAUGGGCGAGGUUCGAGACAUCGUACCGUUGGUCAGCUUUCUCUGCUCAGAAGAGAGUCGCUGGGUGACGGGGAGUGUUGUGAGUGGAAGUGGUGGUUUGUUGUUCUUCUGA